AGGCCGAGAAGCCUAAAAGACCGACCUUUAUUUCUCUCUUCCUUCUCGGCCACUGUUGGGGUCUCUCCAGCUGACGACGAUCUUCUUUGGAGAGAUUCUUAGGGUUUGAAGGGAACCGAUCCAGGAGGGGAUUUCUCGGGCCAAACAGAAUGGAGCACGACAAGACUGGCUGCCAAACCCCACCAGAAUGUCCGAAGCUGUGUGUCAACAAUUGCGGUUUCUUUGGUAGCCCGGCUACGAUGAACAUGUGUUCAAAGUGUCACAAGGCUAUGCUGUUUCAGGAAAAACAGGAUGCUAAGCUUGCUUCUGCAGUGGCUGGAUCAUCUUCCGGCAUUGACACUGUCAAGGAAACCGUUUCAGGUCCAUCUUCGGAUGUUCAAGUUAUAUCCAUGGGGAUGAAGAUCACUUCCCCUCCGUCAUCUUCCGCCUCUGAUCCCGGGAUAACCCUAGAAACAAAGCCUAAGGAGGGGCCAAGCCGAUGCAGUACCUGUAACAAACGAGUCGGUUUGACUGGGUUCAAAUGUCGAUGUGGCAACCUCUUCUGUGGGUCACACCGGUAUGCAGAUAAACACGAUUGCUCCUUCAAUUACCAUGAAGCUGCCCAGGAAGCUAUAGCUAAAGCCAACCCGGUUGUUAAGGCAGCAAAGCUUGACAAGAUCUGAAUCCAAGAUUUGGCUCAAAAGCUUCCAACCCCGUCAAACUAAGCUCCCGAGGUUUGUCAUUCAUGAGACUCGUGUGUUUUUCUUUUCCGGGCUGCAUCCAUGUCCUGUCCUUUUCACUUGAAGUAUCCUCUUGUUAAAACUAUGUAGCUGAAAAGCAUGGUGAAUUUCUGCAAACCGGAGGAAUCUUUGUCUAUGCCGUGUUCCUGUC